UUGGCAGUUGCUCUGUCAUUGCACAUUUUGUUGCAUGCUUUUAAAGCGGAAAUAUAUUUAUACAUAUUGUGUUUUGUUGGUGUUAACAGACGUCGAAUUACUCAGAAUUUAUUAUAAUUGUAAAUAGUAAAUGGUGUAUAUAAAUCUAAUAACCGUUGUUUGAGAAUUGCAUUGUGUAAUAAAAAUGCCGACUGUUAUUCCUGAUGAUUCCCGGUUUCAGGUGGAACUAUCCAAUGCUGGUUCCAAACUUGUUGUUGUUGAUUUCAUGGCUAGUUGGUGUGGCCCAUGUCAUCAGAUAGCUCCAGUUUUUGAAGAAUUAAGUCGGCGCUACCAUGAUAUAAUUUUCCUUAAAGUUGAUGUUGAUCAGUGCCCUGAAACUGCUUCUUCCCAAGGAGUGACAGCUAUGCCAACCUUUAUAUUCUAUAAGAAUAAAAUGAAAAUAGGUGAAGUGAAAGGAGCAAAUGCAGAUGCACUUAAGGCCAAAAUCAAAGAAUUAGGAGGAGGUAAAGGUGAUGAAGCAACUGAAACUACUGUUGAUGGUCAUAUUGAUCUUGUGAAUUUUAUUUCUAAAUCUGCAUGCGAAUGUUUAAAUGAUUCUGACGAUCAUCCUUUCGAAAAUUGCCUCAUGGCUGGAAACAAUUAUUUAGAAUCUGAUUGUGAUGAACAACUUAUUAUGUCUUAUGGAUUUAAUCAAGCAGUGAAAUUACAUUCUUUGAAAAUAUCUGCACCAGAAGAAAAUGGUCCAAAAACUUUAAAAUUGUUUAUAAAUCAACCAAGGACUUUAGAUUUUGAUCAAGCUGAUUCUUCAGAACCAGUUCAAAUAUUAGAAUUGAAACCAGAAGAUCUGUCUGGUGAAAAUCUUAUACCUUUAAAAUAUGUCAAAUUCCAGAAUGUUCAAAAUCUACAGAUAUUUGUAAAAGAUAAUCAAACUGGUGCUGAAACAACACGAAUAAAUCAUUUAGCAAUUAUAGGCAGUACGAUAUCCAUGACUAACAUGAGUGACUUUAAAAGGGUUGCAGGUAAAAAAGGAGAAAGUCAUUGAUUUCUAUUGCAGACUUAUUCUUGUUUUGAAGCAUCGAAAUAAUGUUUUCCAAGUGCUUAAAGAUGCUUCAUUUUAUGCUUUCCCAACUGCACCCAAACAAUUGUUAAAUAGCUAAAGUGAAUCUACUGUCUGCCAUUUAAGAUAUAUAUUCAUUUUCCUUUCUUUAUAAAUAGCAUUAAAAUAUAGACUUUUGUAAUUUAUUUAAUUCCAUAGUAUUAAUUUUAUUAUUUUUUCCAAGUUUUGAAUAAUGUAUAAUAAUUUAAUUUUCAUAUAUUUUGUAAGCAUUUCAUAUGUAUGUUUUUAUUAAACAUCUUGAUUUAUAAAAAAUAUAAAAAUAUGAAGCAAGCAAUAAAGUACUUUCACAGCUUUU